AUGUACAAAAAAUUAACGGUAAUUGUAACAAUAAUAUUCGUAAUUGAUAUUGUCGCUGGAACGCCGCUAAAGGAAGAAGAAGUCACGACAAAACAGACGUUGAAGAAGCGCGAUGUGAGUUCACUUAAGUUGCAAAGGAAUAAUGAUGAAUCGGUCUAUGGCAAUAAUACUCCUGGCCAUGAAGCUCAGACACUGAAUUAUGUAUACAAAAAAGCACCAAACGAUAAUUAUUAUUUCGCCUAUAAACAAUCAGACUUACAAGAGCGCGAAGAAACGGGAAUUUACGAAUAUGAUGCAGAGCAAAACAAAAGGAAACUGAAAGUGACUGGAUUUUAUGAAUACAUUCGACCUGACGGAAUAAAACAACGUGUUGAAUAUACAUCUGAUGACAUGGGAUUUCAUCCAAAUGUGAUUGAAUCAUGA